CAUUUAAAUUGCACAUUCUCAUAAUAAAUAGGGCCACUGGCUUUCGUCAUAAAAUAAUAUUCAGAGGGACCAGUAAAAUAAUGCAGUAUAUUCUGCUAAUGAUAUAUUUGCUAAUAAAAUUGAACAUUUUAGUUGCAAAUAUGACUUGCUAAACCAAAUCGAAAGUGAAACUCUCACCAGUAUCGACGAUACUAGAACAUCAUCACAACAGAACUUUUAAGACAGAGAAACAAGAACAAAGAGUCUUAAUCUCGUGACACCCAUGGACUUCCAAGUACAGCUCCACAAAAUAGAGCAAGCCCUGUGCAAAGAUGAAACAGAGGCACUCGCUUUCUUGUGUAGAGACAUCAUUGAUACAGACCUCAGCAAAAUGGUGAAUGCAUCCCACCUCUUCACAACGCUAAAGAACAUGGACCUUUUAGAGGAAGAAGAUGACUUUAUUGUUGCAGAGCUUUUAUACCGAAUCCGACAGUUUUAUUUGAUUAAAAAAAUGGGAAAAAGUAAGGAGCAGGUUGAAAAAGAAUUGCCACAGAAAGGAAGAAUUUCAAACUAUAGGCAACUGUUAUAUGACCUGUCUGAGGACAUAACCAGAGAUGACCUGAAAAGUGUAAAGUUUCUAUUGCAAAACAGCCUUCCGCGAUGCAGACUUGAAGAUGACAUGACUAUGCUUAAACUUCUCAUACAGAUGGAGAAAGAAGACCUCUUAGACCGAAGCAACCUGGAGACGCUAGAGAAAGUCUUACAAAUCAUCUCUCCCAGUUUAGUGAAAAAAAUAACCAAGUAUAAAAAUGAAAACGGACACUGCACACAGGAGACUGGGUUUAGCUCUUCAGAAGCGCAUGGAAAGAAUCCCAGCCAGCCGUAUGCAGAGUCACAGCUCCCUCCUCUGAGUCACUCCUCUCAACAUGAGGAAUCAUCAUCGGAUUCAAGAUCAGCGUCAGGGACUAGAAGAGCAAGCGAAGAUCAACAGCUUUCAGACUUGCUGCUGCCCCUCUCUGUUUCUGCAAGUGAACAGGGAGAAGAACAGAUAUCAAACAGCUUGCAGGUGACUGUAGAUAAUCAGAUAGGGAACUUUGAACCAAGCCUGAGCCCCUUUAGUGGAGCCAGUGACAGUAAUGCAGUUGAGUUGGAGCCUCGACACCCAUCUUCCGGUUUUUCAAGUGUAAACACAGAUGUUGCUGUUGGCCAUGGUGAAUCAGCUGAUUGUAACCAAUGGAUUUUGGAAACCUAUACGAUGAAUAGAGAGAAGAGAGGAUACUGCCUGAUCAUAAACAACUAUGAUUUUAGUGAGUCACGCACCAGAAGCAUCUUAGAGCAGAAGUGGUGUACUGAUAGACGUGGAACAGACGCUGAUGCAAGUGCAUUAAAUACUGUUUUCCAGUGGCUGGGAUUUGACACUGUAUGCUUAAAAGACUUGACUAAAAAAAAAAUACUCGAAGAAAUAGAAAAAUACCAAAAUAUAACAGACCACAAAGACAGAGAUUGCUUUGUGUGCUGCAUCCUCAGCCAUGGAGAGAAGGGCAAGAUAUAUGGGACUGAUGGACGCGCCGUUUUAAUAAAUGAAAUAACCAAACCUUUCUCAGGCAUUAAUUGCCGCCUCUUGAUUGGAAAACCUAAGGUGUUCUUCAUUCAAGCUUGUCAAGGCAAUGAAAAACAGUCAGGUGUCCCAAUAGAGGCUGAUGGCUAUACUUCAGAGCUUGAGGAAGAUGACCUGGUCCCUGAUUCAAUUCCUGAGGAUGCUGAUUUCCUGGUUGGCAUGGCAACCAUAGAAGAUUAUGUUUCCUACCGAGACACAUCUAAAGGAACAUGGUACAUCCAGAGCCUCUGCCAGAAUCUUCUACAACUGGUGCCAAGAAAAGAAGACCUGUUGACCAUCCUGACAAAAGUAAACAUGGAUGUUAGUCAAAAAACUGAUAAACGCAGGCUAAAUAAGCAGAUUCCACAGCCGGCCUUUUCAUUUAGGAAGAAACUGGUCUUCCCAGUUCCUGCUGAGCGCCCCCCAGCCCUGCUGCAGCUCUUGGAGUCUUCAAUCACAGCUGUAUAAAGGAUUGGCUGUUGGCUAUUGGCACCAUCCAACUCAACUCAACUGUGCCAAGGCCAGCCUUCUUAAAAAGUAGUAAACUACAGGGGGACAGGAUGGGGGGGAUUCCAAAAACACUUUGCUUGAUCUGGUUGAUCUGUGUGAAUGAUGAGAUGUGUCCAUAAAAAACAAUUACGAAUUGACUGUAUUUUAUUACUUGUACUGUGAUUCUUGAAAUGUAUUUUUGUUUACGACUGUAAGUCGCCCUG